GUGUGGAUCAGGGUGGGGUGUUGCGCAUGCACGGUGGCUUUGGCCGUGUAAAUCUCCGUCGGUGUCUGUCUGGAGCGUCCUGUCGCUUCGCCGGAACAAGAUAGAAGAGCCCGUCACCUGACCAAGUCAUCGUCCACCUUCAGAAUCUCUGCAGGAUUGUCUGGAAACCUUCGUCCAUCGCGUCCGGUUUGUUUUGUGCCGACGGCGGCGGGUGACAUUGAGCUGCGGGGCGUCGCUUCUCCAAACGCGCAUCGGGAAUCAUUACGCGUGCGGAUCUCCAGCCAUCAGCGCAGAGAUGUCCGGAUACCAGGGCAAGAAGAACAUCCCUCGCAUCACUAGUGACCGACUUCUAAUCAAAGGAGCGAAGAUAGUGAAUGAUGAUCAGUCUUUCCAUGCCGACAUCUAUAUGGAGGAUGGAGUCAUCAAGCAAAUCGGUGAAAACCUCAUAGUUCCUGGUGGUGUGAAGACCAUCGAUGCCCACGGCAGGAUGCUGAUACCCGGUGGCAUCGAUGUUCACACCCGCUUCCAGAUGCCCGACCGGGGCAUGACAGCUGCUGAUGAUUUCUACCAGGGCACACGAGCUGCUCUCGCUGGUGGCACCACUAUGAUCAUCGAUCAUGUGGUCCCAGAGCCAGGCGUGAGUCUGAUCGCUGCUUUUAACCAGUGGAGGGAGUGGGCCGAUCACAAGUCCUGCUGCGAUUACUCUCUGCAUGUGGACAUCACAGAGUGGCACAAGGGCAUGCAGGAGGAGCUGGAGGCGCUGGUCAAAGAUCACGGUGUCAACUCUUUCCUUGUCUACUUGGCGUACAAGGACAUUUUCCAGCUAAACGACUCCCAGAUGUAUGAGGUGUUCAGUGUGAUCAGGGACUUGGGAGCCAUCGCCCAGGUGCACGCAGAGAACGGAGACAUCAUUGCUGAAGAGCAGAAGAGGAUUCUGGGAUUGGGUAUCACUGGUCCAGAAGGACAUGUUCUGAGCCGCCCAGAGGAGGUGGAGGCCGAGGCUGUCAACCGGGCUGUGACCGUCGCCAAUCAGACCAACUGCCCACUUUACAUCACCAAAGUGAUGAGCAAGAGCGCUGCUGAUGUCAUCGCACAGGCCAGGAAAAAAGGUACCGUGGUGUACGGGGAGCCCAUCUCAGCCAGCCUGGGGACCGACGGCACUCACUACUGGAGCAAGAACUGGGCCAAAGCUGCAGCCUACAUCACAUCUCCACCCCUCAGCCCCGACCCCACCACCCCGGACUAUCUCAACUCCCUGCUGGCCUGUGGUGAUCUGCAGGUGACUGGCAGUGCUCACUGCACCUUCAGCACUUCCCAGAGGGCCGUGGGCAAGGAUAAUUUCACCCUCAUCCCGGAGGGAACUAACGGUACUGAGGAGAGAAUGUCCAUCAUCUGGGACAAGUGUGUGGUGACGGGAAAGAUGGAUGAAAACCAGUUUGUGGCCGUGACGAGCACCAACGCAGCCAAGAUCUUUAACCUGUACCCCCGGAAGGGCCGCAUCGCUGUGGGCUCUGAUGCCGACCUGGUGCUCUGGGACCCCGACACCACCAAAAUCAUCUCUGCUAAGAGCCACCACUUGGCGGUGGAGUACAACAUCUUCGAGGGGGUCGAGGUGCGUGGAGCUCCUCUGGUGGUGAUCAGCCAGGGCAAGAUCGUCCUGGAGGAUGCGAACCUCCACACCACUGAGGGUUCUGGACGCUACAUCAGCCGUAAACCCUUCCCAGACUACGUCUACAAGAGGAUAAAGGCCCGCAGCAGGCUUGCUGAGCUGCGUGGAGUCCCACGAGGUCUAUAUGAUGGCCCGGUGUGUGAGGUCACUGUGACACCUAAGGUCAUGACCCCUGUAACCUCCAGUAAGACUUCUCCAGUCAAACACACUCCUCAACCGGUUCGCAACCUACAUCAGUCUGGAUUCAGCCUGUCUGGGGCUCAAAUUGACGAUAACAUCCCUCGUCGUACAACUCAGCGCAUUGUGGCGCCUCCAGGUGGAAGGGCCAACAUUACCAGCCUGGGAUAAAAUCAAUCACUCAUUACAGAGAGAAAAGGAUGGGGUGGGAUGGGGGUUGAAGAAACUUGGGCUUUUCACCCGGGAAUGGUCCAGCUGUCUGGACUGCAUCCCAUCAAGCACACCUCUACUUCCUCCUACACUUCUGUCCAUCCAUCCUCCCCUAACACCCAUCCUUUUAACUCUAGUGUCACUCUAGUGAUUUUUGAGUGUUUUUCUCAGAUGAAUAAGUUUCAGGAUUACUUGGCAUAGAACUGGGAUACAGUACUUACUGGAAAGUAUGACUAAACAGCAUACUAGCAUUCUACUAAUUCUUCAGUAUGAAUAAUGUGCAUAGUGUGAGUUUUCUGUAUGCAAUGACCUACUGUACUGUGCAGUAUGAAACAGAGCAUAUUGCACUGUGUACUGUAUCCCAUAAUGCAAUGCAACUUUCCAUUUCUCGUGCAACAAAUUAACUGGAAAUAAUAACUUUUUCUUUGGUCAGACUGUCUAAAAUAGAUUUUUUUAUAUGCAGUUAGAUUAAAAUGCAAAAUAACUAUUUAUUUCUGCCUUGAUAAAUGUGUUGAAACAUGCAACGCAUGCUUGUUUUUGGCCAAGUGUUCCUGAAUCUUAUCCAGCUAACCAAGUAAUCCACUUUCAAAGAACAGGAACUACCCAGCUAACAAAAAUAUAUUCUUAGACCGUUUUGCUAAAGUUAUUUUUCGCUGAACAUUCAAAGUAUCCAGUUAAAAAGAAAAAAUGUAUUGUUUUGUUUAUGUGAACGUAAGAGAAAACAAGAAUGUUCUGUUUCAUCAUUUUGCAAACAUUAUGGAAAUGUUCUACUUUUAAAUAUUCAAAUAAUUAGUAAUUUUAAAUGUAAAAAUUCUUAAACUGAUGGUUAAAAAUGUUAGACAGAGGUGGAACUAAAAUGUUUCAGAAAAACGUUACAUGAUAAAAAAAAAAAAAUUGAGUUAACGAUUCAGAAUGUUGAGACCAGUUACCUCUGAACGUUCUAAUUAAUGUAACUGGAAGAAUAUUUGUUCGGAACUUUGAGAAAAC